CUACACUGCUAGCAAGUUUUCGAUUGCUUUUGUCUUUCUUAUAUUGAUUACAUUUUGUUGAUACGCAGCUACCCUGGGUGUUCACUUGUUACAAGCAGCAUGGGUACACACCGGCUGAUUCUAUUUUUAGCUGCGGCUGUAGCAGCUGUGCUGUGCUGCGAAUACUCCGACUGGUCAGUCAGCUUUAGCAAACGAAAAGGUCUUUCUCGGUGUGAUCGACUUUACGAUAAUAUCGUUGGGUUCAGCAGAAUCGGCUUACGGAACUGGUACCAUGACGACACGGACCGGCUGCAGAAAGUCAAAUGCUGUAAGUGGUCGAAGCGCUGGAUCGAUUCAGGAAUCGUUGUUCGUUACAUUCCUUGGGCUGAUGAACUCAAACCUGCCUUUACGUGGGCCAAAUGUCCGAAUGGGUACUUUCUUCACGGGCUAAAGAGGAACGGAAAGCAUAAGCUUAGCAGUAUUACCUAUGGACGAUGUACUAAGCCGAGUGACCAUCCGUAUCAUUAUGGGAGAUGUUACACUGUAAAAAUAGAUACUUGCUUCAACAAAAGGAACCUGUGUGCUUGUGAUGCAGGGACUUACAUGACCGGUAUCUACAAGUCGUACUGUGAUGAGCUGCACUGUUUGGAGGAAAUCAAAUGCUGUAGGAUGGCAGAUGAGCCAGAGGCCUUGACCGCUGAACACGAUCUAACCAGACGCAUGAUGGAUUUAACCCUCCAUCGCACGGGAGAAUUAGCCGCCAUGUUGGGGUACAAAAAUUGUAAAAGCUGUGUGGCGCAAAAUCCAGGGGAAGAUUUCCACGCCAGGGGUACCCGAUGGUACGCCGAUGACGAGUAUUGCAAAGAUCGGGAUCUGGUAAAAGACCUGCUCGUCUUGAACUACACGGACUGGCAUUAUGAAAUACACAGCAUGAGCUACGGGAACUUUGUUACACAGGAGCUCCCGGCAGAAAUACUCAGCACGGGGUACAUCAUCAACAACGAGAACACGCCCAAGACUGUGACCCUCAACUUCUCGACAACAGUCACCCGGCAAGUGACCAACACAAAGAACAAAUUUAAGGAGAUGUGGAAGCUGGGGAUCUAUCUGAAGUACACACCCCCGCCUGCCGGACCGAACAAAAACACCGCUUCGUACACGUUCCGGGAUGAGGCCUUCACGGAGUUUACCGAUGAAACAAAAAGCAGACAGAGCAAGGAGUUCCCUGUCGUGUCGACCUGGACGUUGAAGCCCCACAGCGCGGCUAGGUGGGAACGUGUUUUAUCCAAAACUCGAACCCUACUCCCGUACACCGCGACGAUCCUGGCCAAGUUUAGUAUAAAAAUACAAGGACUGCUUGAUGGGGAAGGAAAAAACUUCCAUGAAUUGUUCCAACCACCACAUAUAUUAGUACCCUUUACAGUUUACUAUCAAUUCGGUAAUUCCUCCACGCCUUUCUACAGGGCACUGAAGCGCGAGUACGAUUCCAACGCUUCUCCCUGGAUGUGGAGAAAAAUGGAUAAAAAAAAAUCAGCUGCAAAAAAAUUAAUACCACAGCUGGCCGAAGAGCAAUUGUACCUCUUCAAUCUGAGUGGAGAAUUUGAUGACAUCGUUGGCAAACAUCUUAGUGUGCGUUGGCUCGAGGUACCCUUGCAAAAUGCGAAAAAUAUGUUUGAGAAUGGUCAGUUUCCUCCAAUGAAUAUCACCGCGACUUAAGACAAAACCGACAGUGAAAAACUAAAAAAAUUAAAAUUCUAAAUUUCUACUAGAUGCCUCAAUUAAAUAGUCAUAUCAAGAUUAUAAAGAAAAUGUAUUUCGGUUGUUUCUAAAUUAAAUGUAACGUCAACGAAUAAUUGUGACAAAUUAAAACUCUUUUC